GGGAGAAGCAGCUACAGCAGCAGCAGCAGCAGCAACUGGCGCGUGGGAGCCGGGAGCCAGCCGACGGCCCAACAGCGGGGCACCGUGCGUGAAUGCCCGGCAUCGGCCCGCGGGCGGACGACGGACAAGGAGAACAAGGCGGGCGACGGGUGAGAACGACCAAAGCACAGCGCACGCUCAGCGUACGAGACCUGGGCAUUUGGGGCGCAGUGCUCCUCUCUGUGGCUCAUCGCGUCUGGCGUGCCUCAGCGUCGCAGAGUGAGCUCUGAUGGAUUGCAGCGCCGGCUCUUAUCGCCAUGUGUUGCUGGACAGAGGACUGUGCAUCCUUUGGCCGAUCCGGUGGGGAUGCGUGCUGUCCACCCUGGGCCUCGCGAGGACCUGCCCCCACCUUGGAGGCUGGGCUGGCGGGGCCGAUAGCCCCCAUGGCCCGGCGGAGAUGGGGCCCCCAUCCCCGCCAGGCCACGACGCUUAUCAGCUCCGCCAGGAUCGAUGCGUCGCACGAUGCUGAAGCACAGCGGCGUGGACGACGGGCCGGCGCUCGGGAGCCCAGUCACCGCCGAGCCCCCUGCGCCCGCCGACCGCUGCCCGCGCCCCCGCGCGCGGAGCCGCUCGGCGUGCCCGCGCGGGGCCAGCCCAGCGCCGCACGGGGCGGCUCGGCCGCCGGCGCCGCCCUCGCGGGCCAGGAAGGUGGCCUCGGGCGGGCGGCUGGCCAGCCGGCCGACUGGGCCAGGCCGUCCUCCUCCUGCGCCUCUCGGGCGGGUUGUAAUUUCGAGGGUGACCUAAAUAAAGUGCGCAGAGAAGGCAACCAUUUUUUGGGGGGGAGGCUCCAAGAGUCAGCCCCCCCCGACAGGUAUGCGGCGUCACCUGGGGCACCCGCACGAGGCACCCGCCAGGCCGCGCCGCCCCCAAACAGGGGCAGGCCACCGAAGCCACUCCCUGACCGCCAGAGCACGGAGGUCUGCGGCGUCACCUGGGGCACCCACGCGGGGCACCCUCCAGGCCGUGCCGCCCUCAAAAGAGGGCGGACCACCGAAGCCACUCCCUCAGUAGCUACAGGCGGGGCGCCAGCCGACGGACUCCAGCAUACGCCGCAGCUCGUCGCUGUGCUGAGGCUGGUACUCGGCGUGCCGCUGGAUGACGCCGUCCGCCGCGGCGAACACGUCCUCCCAGGCGGCCGCCCCGUCAGCCCCAGGCGCGCCAGGGGCCGCCGCCGCCGCGGCCGUCGGCGCAGCGUCCGCAGCAGGCGGGCCAGAGCCCGCGCCCUCUGCCCCCGCCGCCGCCGCCGCCGCCUGCGGGGCCCCCUGGAGCCGCCGUGGCUUCCGCGGCGCGCGCCUCCGAGGCUCCGCAGUAGCCCAGCGGCCCUCCCGAGGCGCUGGGCCGAGCUGCACGAGCUGGAGGCCCCGAAAGCCGCCGACUCCGCCACGGGCACACCGUCCGCCAGCCGCCUCCCCGCCGCCCGCGCCACCAGGAGCGGCGCCAGCCGUCACCCGAGGCGCGACUACGAGAGAGUCGGCGAACGAGUCGUCCUCCAUGUCGUUGUCGCAGUCGUCGCCGCCACGGGCGGGGUCCGCCUCGCCGCCAGCCGCCCCUCCAGGCGCCUCGGCAGCCGCAGCCGCCUCCUGCGCCUUCCAGGGAACCCCAGCGCCACCGCCAGCGGACCCGCCACCAUCACGACCACGUUCCAGCGCGCGCCGAGCCGCGAGGCGCUCGCGGCGUCGGCGGCGCCGCACGCGCUUCGCCUCCGCCGCCGCGCCCGUCUUGGGCUCACCGCCGCCGUUGUCCGCCUCCGAGCCGCCAGCACCAGCGUCGCCACCGCGCGCGGGCCGCGGGCGCGCGACAGCCGAUGCUGCCGCGGCCACGGCCGCCCGUGCGACGGCGCCCACGGUGCGCCGCGGCGCUCCAGCGAGCUGCGCCGCGCGGACUGCCGCCUCCACGAGGAGGGCGGCAUCCGCGGCGCAGAUGGCCCCUCUAGGCCCCGCCAUCCAGCCCCGGCCCCCGAAGAAGCCACACCGGACGGCGGCGGCCAUGCGAUCGCUUGAGCCAAAAUG